GUCACACUUUCAUUGUUAUUGUUGCCGGGAUUCUACACGUGCAGUGAAAUCGUUUUGUUUUUUUGUCAAUACUGAAAACUGAACUCAACGAUGGGGAGUACUCGGUUCUUCCUGGCGGAUCUGCCGACCAGGACCUCGGAGGCGGACCUACGCAGCCUGUUCCAGGACUACGGCCAUGUGGAGCAUGUGGAUCUGAAGCGGAAGGAGCAGGAUGGGGCGACCAAGGUGCUCGCCUUUGUCACUCUGCAGACGGAGGAUGCCCAGUACUGCGUCAACGAGCUUAACUGGCAGCAGCUUCACGGCGAAAAGCUGCGGGUGUCCUUGGCCAAGGAGUCGUUUCUGGACCGACUGAAGCGUGAGCGCGAGGAGAACCAGCGGCGGGAACAGGGCGAGUCAGUCGAAUCCGAGGUGUCGGCUCCAGUCUCCCAGUUGCUGGCAAGGAGCAACCAGAACAAGCGCAGGGUCUUCGGCGAAGACGAGGAGAUAGGCGACGACGAGAUUGCUCCGGAGUUGCUAAUCACCAAGAAGCGCGCCGCCCACUCCAUGCACAAUGGCAAGAUCGUCAUACAGCAGGAGCACGACGUGAAACCGCUGCACGUCAUCGAGCAGCACCGCAAGCCAGCCAAGCAGCAACCAGACGCCAAGGUCAGCCAGGCGGAGCAGAAGCGCAAGGAGUCACUUAACAAGAUGCGACAGGGGCACCAGCAGAAGAAGUCUGUCAUCCAGCAGGCGCUGUCUGCGAUAUCCGGCGAAGGGGCUCAGGCGAAGAGGAUCAAGUUCAGCGACGACGAGGAGGAGGUAAAGCCUGUCCAAAAGUCCAAACCACAAAAACGGGAUCUCUUCGAGGGCGACGAGGAUGAGGAGGACGAGGAGGUCGUCCUGCCGCAGCACAAGGGAAAGAAAGGCGAGCGUCUGGUGGAGAUGCAGAGCAAACAGAGCAUAGAUCCCCGCUUUCGUAUCACAGCCAACUUUGUGGACGAAGAGGAGGAGGAGGAGGAGCUGCAGGGCUCUGGCGACCGCUCUGGAGAUGAGCCAAAGCCGGAGGACAGUGAGCGUAAGUGGCAGAUGGACAUUCUGGAGCAGGUUGUGGGACAUAAGAUUAGCGGGGCCAAUAACAAUGACGGUAAACCAGCCAAAAGCAAAAAAAUGUUGCGCUUCGAUCCGGCCAAGGAGGACCAUCAAAAGCUAGUGCGCCAGAAGCACUCCAAGGAGGAGGAGGCUCCCAAGACCAAAGACGCGAAGACCGGCGACAGCGCCACUGUCCAGGCCCCCGUCUCAAAAACGGCCUUCUACAUGGUCACCGACACCCUUAAGGAUUCUCUGAACACUCGGGGCGAAGGCUUCAGUCUGCUUGACAUGUUUGGCAGCGCCCCCGACGAGGAGGUGGCCAAGCGCCAAGACCAGUUGGAAAAGCUGGGUCACGAAAAGAUCCUGGUGGGCAAGGCUUCCGUCAACAAGCUCGGCUUGGACACGCUCAAUCCCUUCUCCUACGACUCGUCUGACAGCGAGGACGAAGCAAAACCGCCAAAAGACGAGCAAGAAAUAGAGGUCAGCAAGGAAAAUCAGGACCAGCCAGUCAAGAAGUCUAAGCAGAAGAAGAACAAGAUCAAACUGGAGUCCUUCUUCAUAUCCAAAAACGAUCCUCGACUGAAAGAGGGCGCCAAGUUCUUCAAGUCCGCGAAGGCGGAGGUUGACCAGGCCCACUACGACCAAGUAAGGAACCGUCUGAAGCUGCUUAUCAGCAACAAGAUCGCCAAGACCAAGAAGAACCUGCCCAGCAAGGACAUUAAACAGUACCGGAAUAAAAAAGCAAAACAAUAAUCCCCUUAGGCUGAUCCUUAGGUUAAUUUAUACGGUAGUUAAAGGGCUUUCUCUGGAUUUCCACUCCUUUAUUUACAUACCUACUUUUUACACCAGUGCCAAAGCCACUGCACAUAAUUAUUGUUGACUCUGAUCUACUCCCUCGCAGAAGUAUGGCGAAAGUUUGGACAAAAAGUGGCAUUAUGAAAGCCAAAGCAUGCCUCAUUUAGUUGUAAGCUUAAUCCUCUGUAAAAUAAACCACGUUUGUUUUUUUUAAA